AUGGAUAGCGACAACGUUAACCUUAUAGUUUCACAGAGCAACAACAAUAUUGUGAUGAUGCCGCAGUCUUCGUUGUCGGAGUCAAACAAUUUCAUAGAUUUGGAAAUUUUUGAUCUGGACGAGGCUCUUGCGGUGGACGGAGAAUCACGGCAUGUAUUUGCAGCGUGGAAGACCUUCGUCUCCAACUUGCCGACGGUUAACGACGUGACGGAGGAUGAUGUAUGCUCCGUUUGCAUGGAAGGGUUCGGUGACGAUAACUCAGAUGGGGAAAAGAAAAGAGUUCCGUGCGGUCACGUGUACCACUCAAACUGCAUCACCCUCUGGUUAGAGCACUGCAACUCUUGCCCGCUGUGUCGCCGCCAUAUCUCUCUUCAUAUAUAA